AGCGGUCGGUAACUAGUGGUGACAACAAUUAACCCUUUGACAUGACCGAGGGACGUGUUAUGAAAAGAUGAGUUAUCUUUUGGUUUUCGCGAGUGAUUGCGUGGUCGGUUAAUUCAGGUAUUUGAUGGACCUGAGACAAGUGUGAUCGGCCGAUUGUCGAAGAAUGGCGAACAAAAGCGCCCGGCUGCGAAAACUGUCGCUGCAGCGAAGUGUGCCCAAAGAAACGUCGGCGGCCAAACCCCGGCCCAAAGCUAAAAACAGUGAUGAGCAUGUAGAUGAGAAGGUGAAGAUAAGUAGUCCCGCAAGUCUGGUGUCCGAGGAGGAGCGGGAUAUGGUCCACCUCAAGGCCAACACGGCCUUCAAGGUCUUGAUUUCGGCCAGGAUUUGUGCCGCUAUCUGGAGCAACAUUUCCGACUGCGACGAGACCUUCAACUACUGGGAGCCGAUGCACUACAUGAUGUAUGGAAAGGGCAUGCAGACGUGGGAGUACUCGCCUGAGUAUGCCCUUCGCUCUUACGGCUACAUACUUUUCCAUGUGCUGCCUGCGCUGAUCUACGACAAAGUCUUCAGCCCCAACCGAAUGCUUGUCUUCUACUUUGUGCGCUGCCUGCUUGGCUUCUCCUGCGCACUGCUCGAAACUUACUUCUAUAAGAGCGUCUGUAGAAGAUUUGGGGUGCACAUAGGCCGCCUCACCCUGCUCUUCCUCCUCUUCAGUCCUGGCAUGUUUAUCGCCAGCUCGGCCUUCCUGCCUUCAUCAUUUUCAAUGUUGAUGGUGAUUUUGAGUAUGACAGCGUGGUUUGAGCGGCAAUACGCCCUUGCCGUCCUUGCCACGGCCCUUUCCUCCCUGCUCAGUUGGCCCUUUGCGGCCCUCAUUGGAGUGCCAAUUGCUUUUGAAAUGGUUUUUCUGCGGAGACAGGUUUUGGACUUUGUCAAAUACUCUGUCAUCUCCCUAGUCAUAGUUUUGGCUCCAAUUGCGAAAAUCGACUCAGACAACUAUGGCAAGGUGGUGGUGGCGCCACUCAACAUUGUCCUCUACAACGUCUUCUCUUCCUCCAGAGGGCCUGACCUUUAUGGCACUGAGCCGUGGCAUUUCUACCUGAGCAACGGUUUCCUCAACUUCAACCUCGUUUUUCCCCUUGCCCUCAUCAGCCUCCUCACAACAGCUGUUGUGAUUCUGAUCAGUGAAAAGCCAGAUCAAAGGUUGCCUAACUUCCUCCACCUGAGCCCCCUGUACCUUUGGCUGGCGGUUUUUGGACUUCAGCAGCAUAAGGAAGAGAGAUUUCUCUUUCCAAUUUACCCGUUGGUUUGUUUCUGUGGGGCUGUCGCCUUGGAUGGUCUGCAGAGGAUAGUUUUCUUCACGCUGAAGAAAGUCACCAGGAUGAACCUAUCAAACUAUCUGCGCCAAACAAAUUUCUUUGCUGUCGGAACAGCAAUCAUUUUUGUCCUCCUCGGACUGUCCAGAAGUUUUGCCCUUUACAAAGGUUAUCACGCUCCGCUGGACAUUUACAUGGAGUUGGCCAAGUUUGGUUCAAGCAACUCCUUUGGCCCCAACAGUGAAAUCAAUGUGUGCGUCGGAAAGGAGUGGCACAGAUUUCCCUCCAGUUUUUUCCUGCCUGACAACAGGUGGAAUUUACGAUUUCUCGAGUCUGAGUUCAAAGGACAGCUCCCACAGCCGUACCAACCGGGGCCCGAUGGCACUUCAGUCGUUCCUCCUAACAUGAAUGACAUGAACCAAGAGGAGCGCUCCAGAUAUUUCGAUAUUGGAAAGUGUGAUUUUCUGGUUGACUUGGAAACAAAUCAAGAAACAAAGCUAGAGCCGAAUUAUGCCAAGGAUACUACAAAGUGGGACUUGGUCCAUUCCAUUCCUUUCUUAGACAAUGAGAGAUCUCCAAAGCUGUUGAGGGCAUUUUACAUUCCAUUCCUGACAGAGGAGGCGUGCACCUACGCCUCAUACCAGUUGCUCAAAGCGUCCCGAGGUCAAAAGGGUCGCAGAGUCGGGGUCAAGUAGUCAUCAUUUGUUGUUCGACUGAUUUUGUUUAUGUGCGUUCAAUAAAUUUCUAAUUAAAGACUGA